AUGGCAUCUCCUGCUCCCGCUCGCCCAUACCGAUCAAAGCGUCAUCGGCCGUGUGAUCAAUGCCGAGGUCGGAAACUAGGAUGCCAAAUUGAUGAUGGACUUCCAUGUCAGCGCUGCCGGGCUUCAAAACUGGAAUGUACAUUUGAUGCCCCUCCACCGAAACGAGUGCGACUCUCACAGUCCCUGUCCUUGGCCGAGCCAAGCGUUGAAGAGUUGCCGGCGACGGCCCACGGUGAUGUAAGGGUCUUUGGCCGAGAUGCCUCACAAGAUGGUCAGCUGAGCACCGCCGAGCCAGUAUUUCCCUCACUGGAAUUCGAUCAAGUCAAUGUCGCAUCACCAGCAUCUGGAAUACUACUUGCCGGUCGGCCGCCGACUCAGUUUGUACAGAGCAUUGACAAACUUGACCAAGGAUAUGCGCAACUGUUUGGCGCUUCCUCUGAGUCGGACCCAUGGCUUCUCAGACAUUGUCGGUUCGAUGAUUCUGGGAUGAAACAUUUUUACAAGGUUCAUUAUCGCAAUGCUGGAGGAGUACCCACGGCUCAACGAAUACCGGUGCAUUUUAUGAUCACCUCCCCGGAACUUUCAACCGCGGUAAAAGAAGAAACAAAUGCCGGUAUUUUUGCAAGCGCGCGUGAGACACGUGAAAAGCUAGACAACCUAGUGCCACCGGAGUAUGGAAGGAGAUUAGUGGCUCUAUUCGUUAAGUACGUGUUUCCUGCGCUACCAGUGAUCUCACGUUCUCAGUUAGGGUUGAAAACAACUUCGAAUCAGCUCCCGGAACAAGCAGCUCUGGCAAAAGUGCCGGUUCAUCUUCUAGCAGCCAUCUAUGCCUCUGCAUUUCCUUUUGUUGCGCAUGAUGAUUACUUAUGCGUCCUCAACACCUAUCAUUCGUCUCCGGUUAGAAAGCUUUGGCGUAUGGUAUAUGAGCUUUUGACAGUGGAGAUACAUAGUCCCCGUCUUGCGGUCCUCCAAGCUGCGCUACUAUACAUUCAACAACAACCCAUGGAUGAAGCUAGAUAUACGACUGCCGACACGCCAUUUGUAUGGUCUUUUGUGGGUCAGAUUGUCGGCCUAGCCUGCAGUCUCGGAGUACACAUUGAAUGCCGCAUGUGGGGCAUACCGGCCUGGGAAAAGCGGUUGCGUCGUCGGCUGUGGUGGGCUGUAUAUGCCGAAGACAAAUGGCGAAGCUUGUUAAUGGGACGCCCUCCUUAUCUCUACCCGGCCGAAUGGGAUGUUAGUGAUCUAGAUGAAGGUGAUUUCCUUGUUGGCCCGAGACAAGGAUUUUCUACGCUCGCCUGCGAUAUCGAUAUACCAUUCCGUUUCCUAGUAAACUUGGCCCGGAUUGCAGAGGAAAUACAGGGAACAUUUUACACCCUCAGAGCGUCGCAGGUCUUGAAUGCUGACUUUGAUACUUCAAUCGCCUUGGGGAAAGAGUUGUUGGAGAAACUUAACUCAUGGUAUUCUUCCCUUCCAGAGACAUUUCGCCUACCAAACUGGAGCAAAUCUGUCCACGGGCAGGCCCCUUACCCGACAUCUAUUCACUUUGCAUACCUUCUACUGGUCGUUUACGUUUAUCGUGCCAUGCUACGGCCGAUGGCUCGCUCGUCAGAUCCACCCAUGAUAUUUGAUCUAGAAGAGAUGGCUGCUACGUCCCCACUGCCAGUCGAUGACCCAUCUCUUGACUUUGCAGAUCUGUCAGGGCUGGAUGCUAUCCCGGAUAUUUCUAUACCAGAUGUAUCUGGCACCAGCGAGAUUACCUUGCACGCAGCGGAGAAGUGUGCGACAAUUUUGGUGAAUUUCACACGGCGCCUUACGCCUAGUGACUUUACUGGAUUUUGGUACUCAUGGUCUCGCAUCGGCUUUGCCACGGUUUCAAACUUCCUGAUGUUACUGCUAGUACAGGCCCCAAACAUGGCCCAUGCGAUGCGAGGCAAGUACUUGGUCGAAUCUUGGUUACAGGUCCUGCGAUGUCAAAGUCCGAGCUUUCCGCUUGUCAAGCUAGGACUUGCACGCCUUGAUGCACUACAGUGGGGCGGGCUAGCUGAUACCUUUAUGCUGCCGCCGCAUGUCCAAGACAUUAUUGACCUUAAGCCCGAAUAG